GGUUGUCUGGUAAAGAAUCAGAAGAUGGCUGAAGCUCCCUUACGGCCCUGUCGGUUUUUCUGUCACCAAUGUUCAGCAGAGAUCAACCCUCGUCUCCCGAUCUCUGCCUUCCUGCAGGACUUCACCUGUCCACAGUGUGAAUCUGGCUUCAUUGAAGAGCUAUCAGAGGAAAGAAGCACUGAAAAUGAGUCCACAUCCACUGCCUCCACCAGCGAUCAGAACCGUCCGACUUUUGAGAUUAUGGACCACCAGCACAUGUUUACAUUUCCGCCCGGAUACGGACAAUUUGCUCUGGGGAUCUUUGACGAGAAUUUCGACCUCCGAGCGGGGAUGCCGACGGAAGACAACCGCGAGACGGAGAACCGGCGGGAACGGGAGAUGGCGUCACGGCAACGGUACAGUGCCCGGCAACCGCGGGGACGACACAUCCCACGGCGACAGGGACAGAGACACGAGGGAGUACCCACUUUAGAGGGAAUCAUCCAGCAGCUAGUGAAUGGAAUCAUAGCACCCACAGCCAUGCCGAACAUUGGGAUGGGACCAUGGGGCAUGCUACACUCAAAUCCAAUGGACUACGCUUGGGGUGCCAAUGGACUUGAUGCUAUCAUUACCCAGUUAUUGAAUCAGUUUGAGAACACGGGUCCUCCUCCUGCUGACAGAGAGAGGAUAAAGAACCUGCCCACCAUCCAGAUCACAGAGGAACAUGUGGGUUCCAGUUUAGAAUGUCCCGUGUGCAAAGAAGACUACAGUGUAGGGGAGACUGUCAGGCAACUUCCGUGCAAUCACCUGUUUCACAAUGACUGUAUAGUACCAUGGCUGGAACAGCACGACACAUGUCCAGUGUGCAGAAAGAGCCUUAGUGGACAGAACACAGCUACGGACCCCCCGGGACUAUCAGGAAUGAACUUCUCCCCUUCCUCCUCCUCCUCAUCCUCCUCCAACUCCUCCAGUAACGAGAACGCUGCCAACAACUCAUAGACCUCCAUCACCAUCAAACCUCGAUAACACCUCCUGCAACAACCAACACCUCAUCCCUACCCCAGGCAGACUUACACCCCCACUCUACCACUGGCUCAGGAGAGUCAGGAGGGCUGCCUCUCUCAGUGCUCUGCUAGGCCCUCUGGGAGAAGCUGCUGGGGAGAUGACUCUACUCUGGAGGUGAAACAAUAAACCGGUUCAGGGAAAAUAAAGAAAUUAUUUGAGGAACAGAACCCAAACCGAAAACAAAAGUGAUCUAUACAGUUCCGGAACAAAACCGUUAUUUUAAAAGCAUGGGAACCAGUUAAUAACGUCCUUUCACGUUCCUGGCAUUUUUUCCCAGUCCCACAAAAAUUGCAACAAAGCGCCUAUGCAAAGCCCUCACGUCUGCCUGCCAGAUGGAAAUCUUU